GUGGGUCAUCACCCGCGCUAUGCAUCCAGGCGGGGAUCGAGGACCCUGCGGCUCCCCGAUUGCAGCCCGAGGAGGUGGCAGAGCCGGAUAAGCGGCGGCGGGCUGGCUGGCAGCCACCUCCCGGGCAGGUCAGUCCCCACGGUCGGGCGGGGCUCUAGGAGAGGAGGAGCCUCCGGGCGGAGCCACCGACUCCGCCACGGACCUUCGGCCGCAGCUGCUAUUCGGAGCCCAGGGCUGGGAGAGACACCAAAAUGCCAGAAGAGAUGGACAAGCCGCUCAUCAGCCGCCACCUGGUGGACAGUGAUGGCAGCCUUACAGAAGCGCCCAGUGAGGCCCCCAAAGUGGGCAUCCUGGGCAGUGGGGACUUUGCCCGGUCCUUGGCCACGCGCUUGGUAGGGUCUGGCUUCAGUGUGGUAGUGGGGAGCCGCAACCCCAAACGCACAGCUGGGCUGUUCCCCGCAGCGGCACGAGUGACUUUCUGGGAGGAGGCAGUGGCUGCCCCUGAAGUCAUCUUUGUGGCUGUGUUCCGGGAACACUACUCCUCACUGUGUGGUCUCAGCAGCCAGCUGGCCGGCAAGAUCCUAGUGGAUGUGAGCAACCCCACCGAGCAGGAGCACCUUCAGUACCGCGAGUCUAACGCUGAGUACCUGGCCUCCCUCUUCCCCACCUGCACAGUAGUCAAGGCCUUCAAUGUCAUCUCUGCCUGGACCCUGCAGAUGGGCCCAAGGGAUGGAAACAGGCAGGUGCCCAUCUGCAGUGACAAGCCAGAAGCCAAGCGUACCGUCUCAGUGAUGGUGCACAGCAUGGGCUUCACACCCGUGGACAUGGGGUCCCUGGCCUCCGCUCGGGAGGUGGAGGCCAUGCCCCUGUGCCUCCUUCCUGGCUGGAAGGUGCCCGCCCUUCUGGCCCUGGGGCUCUUCGUCUUCUUCUAUGCCUACAACUUCAUCCGGGAUGUGCUGCAGCCCUACAUACAGGAGGGCAAAAACAAAUUCUACAAGCUCCCAGUGUCAGUGGUCAACACGACGCUGCCAUGCAUGGCCUACGUACUGCUGUCACUGGUCUACCUGCCGGGGGUGCUGGCAGCUGCCCUGCAGCUGCGGCGUGGCACCAAGUACAGCCGCUUUCCCGACUGGCUGGACCACUGGCUGCAGCACCGCAAGCAGAUCGGCCUGCUCAGCUUCUUCUGUGCUGCCCUGCAUGGGCUCUACAGCUUCUGCCUGCCGCUGCGCCGCUCCCACCGCUUUGACCUGGUCAACCUCGCGGUCAAGCAGGUCUUAGCCAACAAGAGUCACCUCUGGAUUGAGGAGGAAGUCUGGCGGAUGGAGAUAUAUCUCUCCCUGGGAGUCCUGGCCCUUGGCACACUGUCCCUGCUGGCUGUCACCUCACUGCCGUCCAUUGCAAACUCUCUCAACUGGAGGGAAUUCAGCUUUGUGCAGUCCACGCUGGGCUUUGUGGCCCUGUUGCUGAGCACUCUGCACACGCUUACCUAUGGCUGGACCCGUGCCUUUGAGGAGAGCUACUACAAGUUCUACCUGCCCCCGACCUUCACGCUCACGCUGCUGGUGCCUUGUGUGGUCAUCCUGGCGAAAGGCUUGUUCCUCCUGCCCUGCUUCAGCCGCAGACUCACCAAGAUCCGCAGGGGCUGGGAGAAGGACAGCACUGUCAGGUUCACACUGCCGACGAACCCUGCCCUGGCCCAGAAGACCAGCCACGUGUGAGGUGCCCACCCCGCCUCUGCAAGCCAGAUGCCGGCCAGUGGAGCCACUGGGGCUCCUUUUCCUAAAGGUGCCCAUGAUGUGAUUGUGUGCAAGCAGCUGGUGUUUGGAGGCCUGAGCUCCUGGAAUGCAAAUGUAUUCAUUCGGUGAUAUUCAGAAUAACACACACAUGUGUGUGAUACUUAUGUUGAUAUCUAUUUCUUAUCUAUGCCAGAAUUCACAAUUAUACUUCAUAGCUAAAAAGCUGAGUCCCUGAGAUUGCAGCAUAUCGAUUGCAAAGCCAGUGUCAGGUGUUAGAAGUGUAUCUGCUCACACUAUGUGGACAUUUGCAGAGAGACACACGUUUUUUGCACAGAGAAAGCAGUGAGGCUUGUAGCUUGGUGGAUUGGAUCCUUCUGUGUUCCCUGCUCCUCUUUUGCCACUUUCCAAGCUUUUGUGAUGACAGAGAGACAGCAGUUUUGCCUGGAGCCCUAUUGAGGUGCUCAGCACUGAAGAGUUGCCAGUGAGUAGGGGGUGUGCCCCUCCCCCCCUUCACCUAUGGCACUGUCAGGAGGCAGGGCAAGGGCCUGGGUGGGGGGAGUCCAGCAACUGCCCUGGCAGCCCUCUGAAGGAGGUCUAUCUUUUGCAGAUAGGGGGUGGUGGAAGAUAUGGGGUUGGCACUGAAUCUAUACCCCCUAAUCUUCUCUAAUCUGGGCAGAUUUUUUUUUCCCCUGAAAGAAGUCACCCCAGCAGCUGCAAACUGAUCUACCUGCAGGAGUGUGAAAUCACCUCCUUGUUGGACCCACUAAUGAACCCAUCUUGAGAACAAGUGUAAUUUCCUUCCCUCCUUUAAGUUGGUGAUGACCAUUCUCUAAACCGCUGUGCCUUCUCACCUUUUUAGAUCAUUAGUUUGAAUGUCUUCCAGGAAAGCCUCGAACAGACCCUGUAAAAGUCAGUCCGGUGGAGGAGGGGGUGACAAGAAUACACUCAGCCUCACAGCCGAGUCGUCGUCUAGGGACCCUGCGUAGGAGGGUCCAUUCAUCAUCACUGGCUGAAGGACCAAUACUCAUCAUUAAAUUGGUCCUGUGGGGGAACACCCAUGGCCUUUUCCCAUGUCCUCAACUGUCGCUGGGCAGAGAACCUGCCUGGCAAUGUCUGGGAAACCAUACUGGCUCCAAGUUCCUCCUAAUGGAUGGUUCCAUUUCAGAAUAGCUGGCGGGGAGGAGGGGUCUCUUCUGCCCAAGCCACAAUAUGAAACACUGCUGCCCCAAAGCACAAGAGGCUGGACCACCACCAGGGGGUGGCAACAUGCAUGUCCUCAUGACAGAUGCCACUCCUCACUGACUCACAAUGAAACUGUUUUUACUUCCCUUGUAGAGAAACAGCUGUUCUGGGCUAAACUCCCAAACCCUGGCAGAACUGGGGGAUCUGUCAUUCCACCAAAAAAAAAGAAAAGGGGCACAGAGGGGCGAGGGCUUGAUGGAAGACCUCAGUGAAACACGCAGGGAACUAUACCCUGAACAGGGGUGAUGACCACAUUUCUACUUCUUAGGGCGCCCCGGCCAGAGGGUAUCUUAUCAUGGAACAGUCAAACCAGCAGAGGCUGGUCAGAUAGGAGUAGGAGAAGAAGCUCCCUGUCUCUUCCAGUGAAGCUUCAUGAGCUCAUGUCUGUGAAGUGCAUUAGGGACCCUUAGUGAAAAGCAGAAAAAGCUGAGUGCAAGAAUAUCUCAUUAGGCCAGUGACUGAUGGAGGCCAGGCAGUGCAGGCGAAGCUGCCUGCUUCCUACACGUUUUCCACCUGCCCGUUCCCACGUUCAGCAACAGUAGCAAGUCUCCUAAAUUGGCCCUGAUGGCAAGGCAGCCAUGGCCCUCACAGAGGCUUGCUGAAUAGGAGGCAGCGAAGCAGAGGUUUUAGCAAUUGCUUGGCAAAAUGAGGGCCCAUCAGUUUCCUGCUGAACAUGACAUCUGGAACCUGUCAAGGGUGCCAGCCGCAGUCAGUACUGGCUGCCCCCUUUCUGUGCUUGGGGUGGUUCCUUAUACCAAAGAUCUGAUCCAGAGCAAAGCUCGCAUGCUCCUUCUUCUGCCCCGCCAGUCUCCUGCUGCAGGUGCUCAUCAGGGAGAAAGGACCAGGAGGAGUGGGGGGCCCUGGAAGGAUCAGAGGCAGCAGAAGCCUAGCUCCCACCAGCUGGACAAUCAGCUCAAGAGAGGCAGGUGGCCUUCUGGGCCUUGGUCUGGUGUCUGCUGCUGCUCUUCCCUACCUCACCUGGCAGCUGACCACAACACCCCCAAGAGAGCGACUCAGUGUUUACAACCUGGUAAAUUCUACGUGCCUCUGGGCACAAAAGUGCCUGAACAAAUGUGUUCUGGAAAUCCUACAUGCCACGGCUGGAGGUGGAUGUUUAAAAUCUACACCACUGAAAAAGUCUGUGUAUUUUUCUUUUUACCUUCUAGAGCUUGUCUAAGAAGCAGCAAAAAUAAACAAAGCUUCUCUGGAUUUCAGGCUUUUAUUGCUGCUGUGUCGAUCACCCACCCAUUCGUUCAGUUCUGGCUCCAAAGGCUGAAUGGAGCUUGAGUCACAUCAGGCAGGUGCACGUGGCUGGUCUGGGUGAGAUCUGCCCUCCCACUCCCACCCAAAGAACAGACCUGCAGUGACAAGCAAGUAAGGACCCAGGCGAGUUCCAAGUAACAAAGGGGUGGGAUGUGGAAGAAGCACCAAGGCCCAAAGAGGGGCGGGGAAGGCAUCCUGGAGGGAGCAGUGUCUGUACUGUGGCCUGGAGGCUGCAGCCCUGAAUAUAGGUUGGAGUAGCUGUGCUUCUCAAAGUACAACGUGGGCCUGAGUCACAUAGGGACCUUGUUCAAAUACAGGUGCCAAGGCUGAGACUGCGCUUUGCUAAUAAGCUCCCAGGUGACCGACGGUGUACAUACCCGGAUGCUCUGAGUAACAAGGGCUCAGGUGGCUCCCUUUGUCUCUGCUGUACUGUAAUCCACAGCCUGCAAAACAGUGUACACUGAUCUCCCGGUGCCAUUCAUCUUCCCUAGGGGUCCCCCAGCUGCCCUGGUAAGCGAUGCCUCUGUGUACUGGCCAUGCUGCUGCCACCCUCAUUCUCAAAGACAGGGGGAGGAAACACCUCACUCUCAUGCACCCUGCAAGAUGCGCCCUGCCUCCCCCCACAGAGGCCCUGAAGCCAUCAGGAAAACAGGAACUCUUCAGAGACCACCCACCUAACAUGCGGUGAAGUUUCCCACUGCAACCAGACCUGUGUUACUGCAUAGGGAGGGGGAAGAAAGAAACCCAUGUGCAGAAAGCAGUCCAGUAGCUAAAAACCAUUUCUUGGGAACAAUAACCAAAAGACGACCUUGCCAUUUUGAGUCCAUGAUAAGGUUUUUCCAAAGAAAGAACCCUAGUCAGAAAACAACUUCACUACAAAUAAUUUUCAACAGGAAAAAGUCUUGCGUUGAAGGUUUGUUUUUCUACUGUGUCCUCCCACACACAAUGCUGGGACAGUUAAGCUCAAAAAGAACUGAUAAAAUAGAUGGAAAAUAUCCAUUAUUCAGGCAGUUCACAUAAGAAUGAAGUAGCAAUCAAAAGAACUCAUAUUAGAACAAUCAUUCUUUCAUUGGACAAGCUGAAUCUUUUCCAAAAGCUAUGAAGUGAGCCCUUGGAAGUGUAGCCCUCUUGCUCUGGGUCACUUCUCGGAUUUCUUUACAAAGGGGAAGUUGGCACCAUCAGAGUAGAAACUCAAUCCUACCAGACCAGUACCAACUUCUUCUAACAAAUAUUUGAAAAUCCCUUCUUCCUAGUCUAAAAUGAAAUUCAGAAAUAAUAUAACCU